CGUAUGAAAUUUGUAUCUCCUUCAGGAUAAUACCACAAUAGACAAAGAAAGUUGACGGUCGUUCGACAAGCAGUUCUGUUCCUACCGUUUCACAAAAUCCUGUCGUUUCGUGUCGUUCGGUUUCAGAAAAUUUUACUUUCCGCUUAACGGCAUUCCGAGACUGAGAGGUGAGGUGAGAGCUCCGACCUGGAAAACGGUGCCGGGUACAAAUUCACCAAUUCACUUUCCCCCGUAUGUUUCAAUAAAUUACAUCAGUAUCCAAAACCCUUAUCCAUUUUUUCCAUUUCCAUAAACCCUCAAGUUCAAAAUCAAAACUUUCUGAACUUCAUGAUUGUUGUUUGUUUUCCCUCUACAAUUCGACUCCACAACGGUGGGGGUAUGGCAGAUAGGGGGCUGAGGAGUACAGUUUAUGUAGAUAGCUGUUUUGCUGGGAAGCCAGGUUGCAGUCAUCUACAGACAUCAUUUGUUGGUUCAUUUUCAGUUAGAACACCGCAAGUUCGAUUUGGCUCUAAGGCAUUCCCAAAGGCUCCGUUACUUCCUUGUAUUAAGUGUGAGAAGAAGGAUGAAUAUAUUGAGCAUGUAUCUGUUGAACGUCCUCCCUAUCAUAGUUACAUGGACUCCACAUCUGGGCAACUUGAACCAGCAUCUGGAGCUCGUGCUAGUAUUCCAGGACAGGAGUACUGGCCAGAAGGUACUGCCGAUCGCGUUAGGGCUGCCAGGGCUCCUGAACCAACAGGCACGUCGACAGGAUCUCCAUCUUAUGGUGAAAUGCCUGGCAGUAGAAGGAAGAAGUAUAGAACGUCAGCCACUGCUCCUGAAUCUUCUAUAGUGAACGUAGAAGCACCUGAAAGCAUUGAUGAGAUGACGGAAGAGCCUAAAGAUGUCUUGUCUGAUUAUGUGGUUUAUCAGACAGAGCCUGAGGAAGAACAAGAAACUGGAUAUGAUUUAGACAAAAAACUUGGACGCCCUCAUCCCUUCAUUGAUCCAAAAGUGAAGAAGCCAAUAGAGGGGACACUUACAAGUGAAGAAUUAUGGUGGAACUGGAGAAAGCCGGAGAAGGAACAAUGGUCCAGAUGGCAAAGGAGGAAGCCUGAUGUGGAAACGGUUUUUCUCAAAGCAAUGGCUGAAACUGGGCAAGUAAAGCUUCAUGGUGAGGAACCAACACUGACAGAGACUGCUCUUUACAGAGCUAGAAAACAUCUUUUCAAAGAAGAAAGGCUUCGAGCUGAACAUGAGAGACUGGAGAAAAUAGGUCCUAUGGCAUAUUACUCAGAAUGGGUAAAAGCAUGGAAGGGAGACACCUCACAGGAAGCUAUCCAGAAGCAUUUUGAAGAGACUGGUGAAGAUGAAAACACGCAACUAAUUGAAAUGUUCUGCCAUCAAACAGAUCGGGAAUAUCGCAUAAUGAUGGGGACAGAUAUUCGUAUUAAAAGGGAUCCUUUGGCAAUGAGAAUGCGAGAGGAUCUAAUAAAGCAAAUUUGGGGUGGAGAUCCAGUUUAUCCAACAAUCAACUACAUCCAAGAUCCAGACGAAAUAAUUGACUACAGGGGCCCUGAUUUUCAUGAACCGACACCCAAUAUGCUGGCUUACCUAAAAGAGCAUGGAAAAAUUGUACCCAGGGAGGAGUUUGAAGCAACUUUGGCAAAAGAGAAGACGGAACAACUUGAGCAGAUGACAGACAUGGAUGAAGCUAUGGCGCAAGCGGUUGACAUUGGUGAAAAUGAUGACGGAGGAGAGGAUACUGAUGUUGAAGAAGAAGAAGAAGAAGAAGAAGAAGUAGAAGAGGAGGAGGGGGAAAUUACACGCAAUUGGAGUGUGCUAAAGUCUACUCCUCAGAUUCGCAAAUCAAAAGCAAAACCUAAAAAGAAGGGUUCCAUGUCCCUUGAAGAGGCAGUAGAAGAUUCAGAAAACUUGACUGAUUUUCUCAUGGACUUUGGAGAAGAGGAGUGAUACUUGGCCACUUUUGUACUCUAAAAACUUCAACUUUCCUCAGAACCCUAAGAAAUAGUUGGUGCAGUCAAAUGGCAUAUGUACUAUGUAAUCUGGUGAUCGGCAACUGAAUUGAUCAGAUCAGUGAAAAGUGAAAAGGUUGGUGUAGGGUUCAUGAUUUUCCUUGGCAAACAAUAGGCCUUCUUUCUUACCAUUUUUAAUUAUUGGUGGCUUCAGGUA